AUGAAACCAAGCUAUAAUACCCAAAUGUCAGAAUUUCUUCUUCUGGGGCUUUCAGAGGAACCAGAAUUGCAGCCCUUUCUCUAUGGGCUGUUCCUGUACAUGUACCUGGUCACCGUGCUCGGGAACGUGCUCAUCAUCUUGGCCACAAUCUCAGACUCCCACCUCCACACCCCCAUGUACUUCUUCUUCUCCAACCUGUCCUUUGCUGACAUCUGUUUUGUGUCUAGCACUCUACCAAAGAUGCUGGUGAAUAUCCAGACACACAGCAAAGUCAUCACCUAUGCAGGCUGCAUCACCCAGAUGUGCUUUUUCGUAUUCUUUGCAGGAUUGGACAUCUUUCUCCUGACUGUGAUGGCCUAUGACCGGUUUGUGGCCAUCUGUCACCCCCUGCACUACACGGUCAUCAUGAGCCCCAGGCUCUGUGGACUGCUGGUUCUGGCAUCCUGGAUCAUGAGUGCCCUGAAUUCCUUGCUACAAAGCUUAAUAGUACUGUGGCUUUCCUUCUGCACAGAUUUGGAAAUCCCCCACUUUUUCUGUGAACUUAAUCAGGUCACCCACCUUGCCUGUUCUGACACCUUUCUUAACGACAUGGUGAUGUAUUUCUCAUCUGCGCUGCUGGGUGGUGCUCCCCUCACUGGGAUCCUUUACUCUUACUCUAAGAUUGUUUCCUCCAUACGUGCAAUCUCAUCAGCUCAGGGGAAGUACAAGGCAUUUUCCACCUAUGCGUCUCACCUCUCAGUUGUCUCCUUAUUUUAUGGUACACUCCUAGGGGUGUACCUUAGUUCUGCUGCAACCCACAACUCAUACUCAAGUGCUGCAGCCUCGGUGAUGUACACUGUGGUCACCCCCAUGCUCAACCCCUUCAUCUACAGCCUGAGGAAUAAAGACAUAAAGGGGGUUCUGGGAAGAUUCCUCGGGAGGAAAACUACAAAAGGAUCAAUUUUCCUUGGGCUAAAGAAGUGCCCAUGA